UCCGUCCACAUCCACUAUGGCGGACGCUGACAGCCUGAAAUCGCUGAGCGGUUUGCUGAACGGAAUCGCUCAAAAAGUUUAUUACGGCAACUCGGAGAUAACAGAGGAUCUCCUGAAGAACGAGAUUUAUCCCGAGAUGCCGCAGGAGGAGUUCCACGCGCUGCACGAAAAGAUGAGGGGCGUUUUAAAGUCCAUUGCUACAGCAGACAUGGAUCAGACGCAGCUGGAGGCCUUCCUGACAGCUCAGACGCGUAAACAGGGUGGUGGAGGUGUGAGCUCUGAGCAGGCGGCGGCUCUGGGGCGCUUCUGGAAGGCUCACCGAGCGCGGAUCAGAGAGAGCCUGCUGGCACAGAGCCGGUGGGAACCAGGUCUGCGUAGCGUGAACUGGAGGGUGGACCUGCAGACCGCAUCCACCAGGGGGAGCACAUCCAACACCCCCGUAGCCCUGGUGGAAUUGGAGCUGGGUAGAAACGGACAGGACUCUGAGUUUGUAUGUUUGGAGUUUGAUGAGCUGAAGGUAAAUCAGGUGCUAAAGAAGAUGGCAGAGAUUCAAGAGAGCAUCGACAGCAUUGUACACCAUAGCUAGAGUGUGUGUGUGUGUGUGUGUGUGUGUGAGAUCAAUAACAUAAUAAUCUUUGUAUUUUUUUGUGAAUGCUGUACUCGAUACUGUUUUGUCUUAAGUGUCAGUGAAUUUAGAUGCAUUUUUAAUCAUAUGCACCAUCAUGUAUCGCCAUAAUGUCCAAUUAAAUCUGGAUUUUUCUACCUA